GAAAAUGGACCCAUAAUUCUUGCACCAUCUUCGGAGCUCUCCCUAAUUUUCUCCCUCUUGUUCAAUUUUCUCUCUCCACCUCCAGCUAUCCAGAAUUCUGAGAUCUUACUCUCUUUGUCCCAAUUCGAUCGGCUCCGAUCUAUUGACGCCAUAUCCAGAUCUGGCACAGAAAAGCUUCUAAGUCAGCUUCAGUUGAAGGGGACACUGUGCUUUGAGCUGUAGUUACAAUGAAGAAGGCCAUUGGUCAAACUGUUAGGGACCUUAAGAGAGAGGUGAAUAAGAAAGUUCUUAAAGUUCCAGGAAUAGAACAGAAGGUUCUGGAUGCUACUAGCAAUGAGCCUUGGGGUCCUCAUGGAACACAUCUUGCAGAUAUUGCACAGGCUACCAGAAACUAUCACGAGUACCAAAUGAUCAUGUCAGUAAUCUGGAAGCGGAUUAAUGAUACAGGAAAGAAUUGGCGGCAUGUCUACAAGGCUUUGACAGUUCUGGAAUACUUGGUAGGCCAUGGUUCUGAGCGUGUCAUAGAUGAGAUUCGGGAGCAUAUAUACCAAAUAUCAACUUUGUCAGACUUUCAAUAUAUUGAUUCAAGUGGGAGGGAUCAGGGAAGCAAUGUCAGAAAGAAAUCUCAAAGUCUCGUGGCUCUGGUGAAUGAUAAAGAAAGGAUACAGGAAGUUAGACAGAAGGCUGCUGCCAACAGGGACAAGUUUCGCAACACAAACUCAGCAGGCGGUAUGUAUAGGCCCAGUUCAUAUUCUAGUUCAGGAGGAUAUGGUGACCGUUAUGAUGAUGAUCGAUAUGAAGGCCGCUAUGGGAGAGACGAAGAUCGAAAUGGUUAUGGGAGAGAAAGAGAAUGGGGCAGCAGAGAUGAUGACCGGUAUGGUAGAAAUGGGGACUCAUAUGGUCCUGAAGGGGAUCGCUAUGGCAGAGAUUCUGAUGAACGGUAUGGUAGAGAUGGCUAUAAGGAUGAUGAUUACAGGGGAAGAAGUCGAAGCAAUGAGGACUACCAGUAUGGCUCUAGAAGUAGGAGUGCUGAUAGAGAUAGGGACCGUGCUUUUGAUGAGGAGAGCAACCAUUCAUCUAGAGGUGGUGCCCGAACUGAUGAGCAUCCUCAGUAUGGAAGGCAGCUUGAACGAAAAUUUUCUGAACAAAAUCUUGAUGCUCCUCCUAGUUAUGAAGAAGCUGUAGCUGAUGCCCACAGUCCUGUUCAUGAUGAGAGGGAUGGAGCAACCCCAGCAGCACCUGCCCCUAAAACAUCUUCUCCACCUGUAAGCACUAGUCCUAGCCAAGCAACAACUGCUGUUGGUCCUUCUACAUCUCCUCCUGCCAACAAGGAAGUUGAUGCUUUUGAUGAAUUUGAUCCGCGCGGUCCAGUCUCAGCUGUCCCAGCUACAUCAAUUAGUCCGGAAAUGGACUUACUUGGCUCUCUGUCAGAGUCAUUUUCUUCAAAUUCAUUGGCUCUUGUGCCAUCUGGACCUGCAACCACAACAUCUGAGGCUGCUGUCCUUGGAAAUGCUGGGUCUGCACCCGCAUCAGCAGCAAUGCCAUCUGGAUCUGCUGUUAUGAGCCAGUCUUUUGAAGACCCAUUUGGUGACUCCCCUUUUAGAGCUUUGCCUUCAGCAGAGAGUGUACCAGCUGAACCUCAGGAUUCAGCUUCCACAACUUCCUUCCAGACCAUGAAUCAAACAUCAGGACCACCCUUCCCAGUUACCCAAGGAGUGGACACGGGUUCCAACUUUGACUUUGGGGACACUUUCCCUGGCAUAACUUACACGCCAUCCGGUGUCUCCACUGCACAACCUCCUUCUGCAAGCCCACAAUUUUCACCCCAAGAGCAAUGGAUUCCCCAGCAGAACAAUGAUAUCCUAGCAGACAUUCUACCACCUUCAGGAUCUUCAGCUCCUGCCAUUUCACAGGCUGCUUUCCCAGCUCCAACUGGCCAGUCUGUGCAGCCAAACCCUAAUGUUGUUGGGGGCUUUCUUGCACAGUCAGGAUCUGCAGAUCAUGCAGCUUCACAAUUUUCUCCUCAGAUUCCAACUGGACCAGCUGCACAAUAUAACAAUGGGAACUUCCUUUCACAGUUGGGUUCUGCAGCGCCUGUACCUUCACAGUCUCCUUUUCAAGCUCCUGUACCUUCUCAGUCUCCUUUUCAAGCUCCUGUACCUUCUCAGUCUCCUUUUCAAGCUCCAGUAUCUUCACAGUCUCCUUUUCAAGCUCCGGUAUCUUCACAGUCUCCUUUUCAAGCCCCAGUGCCUUCACAGUCUCCUUUUCAAGCUCCAGGACCUUCACAGUCUCCUUUUCAAGCUCCAGUACCUUCACAGGCUCCUUUUCAAGCUCCAGGACCUUCACAGGCUCCUUUUCAAUCACCAAGUGGGCCAGUUACACAUCCUAGCAAUGAUAACCUUGGUGGCUUAUUUCCACAAGCUGGACCGCCUGGUUCAGUGAUGUCACAGUCUACUCCCCCUGCUUCAACAGGUUCACUUGCUAUAGUUCCUCAAGCAUCCAAGGACAAGUUUGAAACGAAGUCAACGGUUUGGGCUGAUACACUGAGCAGAGGAUUAGUCAAUUUGAAUAUAUCUGGAGCUAAAAUUAAUCCAUUGGCGGAUAUUGGAAUUGAUUUUGAUGCCAUUAAUCGGAAAGAAAAGAGGAUGGAGAAACCUAAGCCUGCUACCACAGCUCCUGUAUCUACUACUACAAUGGGCAAGGCAAUGGGAUCUGGCUCUGGAAUGGGUCGUGCUGGUGCAGGUGCACUCAGGCCUCCACCAAAUACUAUGAUGGGUUCAGGUAUGGGAAUGGGCAUGGGCAUGGGUAGUGGCCCUGGUGCAGGCAUGAGUAUGGGUAUGGGUGGUGGUCCUGGUUCAGGCAUGGGUAUGGGUAUGGGUGGUGCCCCUGGAGUGGGCAUGGGUAUGGGUAUGGGUGGUGCCCCUGCAGCAGCGGGUAUGGGUAUGGGUAUGGGGAUGGGAGGAGGCAUGGGCAUGGGAGGAUAUGGAGGCAUGAAUCAACCUAUGGGCAUGGGUAUGAAUGUGGGCAUGGGCAUGAAUAUGGGAAUGGGGCAAGGAGCCCAGAUGCAACAACCAACUGGAUUGCCUCCUGGGGGUUAUAACCCCAUGAUGGGCUCAGGUGGUUAUGCUCCUCAGCAACCAUAUGGUGGUGGCUACCGAUGAGAAUGAUAUACAUAUAUAUGUAUAUAUAUCCCCUUGAACCAAAAUUGGGGAUGGUCAUGGAUACCUAUUAUUAUAUCAUAAGAUGAGAAGGAGAAUAGCAUAGUGAACCCCCCAGUGUUCUAAUGAGAAUCCCAACGCAGGCAGAGAGAGCUGUAUUUUGUUUCAGUGGAGUAAACGGUGGUAGCACAUGCCCAUGUAUGUUUAUUCAGCUUAAAAAAGUUUUACUUACUGUCAGUUACCCUAUGAUUCCUUUUUGUGCUUCAAGAGUUGUGUUGUGAAUGUGUAACAAUGAAGAUAAGCCUUUAACAGGUUGUUUUUGAGAUAUAUAUAUAUUUUUUUGGAUGACUUUUGUGGAA